ACAGUGACAGGAAAAGCUAAUGAUUGAUGGUGACACCAUGAGCCAGCAGAGGAAGCCUCAGAUCUGAGGCUGAAUCUGACCAGGAAGGUUCUGCAACUGGAUCCUCGGAACCAUCAGGAUGAGAUCGGACUCCUUCCUCCUGCUGGUUCUCCUCAUCCUUGGCUCUCAGGCGAGUAAUCCACCAGACUCAGAGCAGCCGAAGGCCAUAGAGCAGAAACAGGUCCGAGAAAAACCGAAGCUUCCAAAACCCCAAACAACUCCAGUGGACACAGCGUCCACAACACCCACAGCGUCCACAGAGUCCACAACACCCGCCCAAACCACCACACCACCCGACACGGACCAGUUCCUGGGUCCACAACAAUGUCUGGACAAAAAGUUGACCCGGGCGUCGUGUGGCGUGGUGUUCUGCCCUCCGUGGCAGCGCUGCGUUGAAGGUCGGUGUACCUGCAAACUUCCCUACCUGUGUCCCGUUGAAGGCGUGAAACCGGUCUGUGGGGAUUCCAACAAGAGAUUCACGUCGUACUGUCAGGCGAUGGCUGCCUCAUGCCGGACCCAGAAGCCUGUAAUGUCCCACUUUGGAAAAGUCUGCACAGACAAUAAGUUCCAGAGCAUCCUGGACAAAGACACAGGGCUGAUCAGGAUCUUCCUUCCUAAUGCCACCGGAGGAAGAGAGAACCUGCUGCUGUGCCAGCAGGACUGGGACAUGGCAGCUGCUAACGUGGCCUGCAGGGACCACAAAAACCCGCUUGACAAAGGUGCAGCGUCUGCAGACUCUGUGGACUACAACUCCCUGCCGCCCAGCAGCGAUCUGCCCAGCCACUGCGUCAGCGUCCACUGCCAGGGCUACGAAAUGUCUCUGGCUGAGUGUGAGAUCUACGGCCACAAGGCCGCUGACGGCGGCAUGGUGGCCACAGCGACCUGCUACAAGGACAGACCUGAAGAAUGCGGCUUCACCUGUGCAAACCAGAAAUGCAUUUCCCGCAACCAGACAUGCGACGGCGUGGAUGACUGCGGCGACCGCAGCGAUGAGAUGUGCUGCAAAAGCUGCAGGAACGGAGCUUUCCACUGCAGCUCCGGCGUCUGUCUGCACAGAAAGGCGGUCGGCGACCAGCUGAUCGACUGCCUGGACGGAGCCGAUGAAGCUCAGAGACGAGUGGAAGCUUUCAGGAAGACGACGAAUCGCUCAGAGCUGCUUUCCUCAUUUGCAUCAGCAGCAUCAGGUGACGUGGACGCAGCUCCAAACCCCUCAGAGUACAUCUCUCCUAAAACCGAAACCAGAGCCAUCAGGAAGCUUCUGGAGGACAAGCUGUCCUGUGGGAUUCCCAACAUGACCUUGGUUGACAACACAGAACCGGACGACCGAGCAAGAACCAGGAGCAAGAGGGUGGUGGGAGGAAUCCCGGCCAAGCCGACUCAGAUCCAGUGGCAGGUGGCGAUAGAGGAGAACCGCAGGAUCGACUGUGGAGGAGCUUACAUCGGCGGCUGCUGGGUCCUCACCGCCGCUCACUGCGUCCGGCCGAAUCCUUCUGCGUUCAAAGUCAAAUUUUCUGUCUGGAAGAAAUUUCGCCCUCAGGGAACGACGGACAUCGUUCCUGUGGCGGACAUCCGCAUCCACCCGAACUACGUGCCGUCGACGUACGAGAACGACAUCGCGCUGGUGCAGCUGGAGAAGCUCCCGUUCACAGAUAAAUGCCUGGAGGACAACCCGGCCAUCCGGCCCGUCUGCUGCGUCCCCUGGACCACCCAGCUGUUCCCGCCCAACCACACCUGCAGCAUCUCCGGGUGGGGCCGCACCGCAGACGGCCGGUCGGCCCAGGUGCUGCUCUGGGCCAACGUGUCGCUCAUCUCCGGCUGCGAAUCCUCCUACGGGCAUCGCUUCAAACCGGGGAUGAUGUGUGCAGGAGACCUGGAGGGAAAUGUGGACUCGUGUCAGGGCGACAGCGGCGGCCCGCUGGUCUGUGAGGACGAACUCGGGGUUUCCUACCUUUGGGGCAUCGUGAGCUGGGGGGAGCGGUGUGGCCAUCGGGGUUUCCCAGGGGUUUACACACAGGUCGCUCAUUACUUUGAGUGGAUCCGGCUUCACACCGGCUGGUCUGCAGUCACCAAAUUUAACUAUUAAAGAAACUUUUCACCUUUUCUCACCUGAAAGUGAUUUCGGCUAAAACUUUGUUCUGGUUUGCUGAUCAAUAAACUAAAUAAAUAACGUCCUGACAACAAAA